CGAGUCUCCUGGGUCUAGUCCUGUCAUAAGCCCUGCUGGAUUUCAAUUUCUUCUCAUGGAUAGAAGUUCACAAGUCUGGUAUUUCAUGUUACAAUACUUAGAGACAGUUGAGGCACGUGGUAUGGACUUGGUUGAGUGUUUGUCUUUCUUAUUUCAAUUAAGUUUUUCAACUCCUGGAAAGGAUUACCCUACUGAUGGACUAACAGAAUGUCAGUUGAAAAUGCUGCAGCACCUGAGAGAGAUAGGUUUAGUUUUCCAGAGAAAGCGCACAUCAAAGAGGUAUUAUCCAACCAAAUUAGCUGUUGACUUUACAUUUUCAAGUUCAGAAAAAUCAAGUCAACUAAGUAAAACACAAGAUGGUUUUAUUGUUAUAGAAACAAAUUAUCGUGUCUAUGCAUAUACAGAUUCUUCCCUUCAAGUAGCUUUAGUAGGAUUGUUUUGUGAAAUAUUAUGCAGGUUUCCAAACUUAUGUGUGGCUGUCCUAACCAGAGAAAGUUGUCAUCAAGCUCUUUCUAGUGGCAUUUCAGCAGAGCAGAUUCUUCACUUUCUUCAAACACGAGCUCAUCCAGAAAUGCAAAAAAAGACUCCCAUUAUUCCACCCACAAUCAGUGAUCAAGUCAGACUCUGGGAGAUGGAGAGAAGCAGAAUGAAGUUUACUGAAGGAGUACUUUACAACCAGUUUUUAUCUCAAGAUGACUUUGACACGUUAAGAAAAUAUGCAGAGGAUCUUGGUGUGCUCAUUUGGGCAAACUCUUUGAAAAGGGUUGUCGUUGUCAGUCGCUCUGGACAUGAUGAUGUAAAACGGUUCUGGAAAAGACACAAGACCUAACUGAUUCAAAAUUAUGAAGGAAAAGAAAUUACCUCGAUGACAUUGUGACAGCAUAUCACUAAAAUAUUAUUAGAUUUAUUGACAUUAAAAAUCUUUGUUGUGCAAGUGU